AUGAGGCUGGAACCAGUCGGAGAUUCCAGACGAAGCCUAGCGGACCUCUGCCGAGAUGCAGUCAAAAAUGCCAACUCGCGGUCCUGCUACAGGAGGCUGGUUGUCGUCGUGGUGGCAGUUGCCAUCUUCUUGGACAACAUGCUGCUCACUACAAUAGGUAAGAAGCAUUCACUUCUACUGAUGCCUGCUGGCACGGGUGCAGUUCCAAAGAGCUCGACUAACUGUCAGAGAACUUGAGACCCUCUUCCUGCCUUUUCUAGUUGUUUGGUCGUGUCUGCCUGGGCAGCUAAGACGAUCAGUUUCAGGCGCACUUGUCAUCGUCGACCGGUCCCUCCUGCCCGCAUGCAGGCGCACGCCGCAUCCAUUGGCGUCCGUGCUACCCCAUAUUUUUGAGUUAUGGAAUACCGGUCAGUGUCCGUUGUGGACCAGAGGCCGUGAUGCUGCUCCGUGCCAGCCACUUGCGGCCUCUCCCGCCUCCGGUAUUAUUGACUAUGUCGUGGCACCGGGCCCAUUUAAGAAGGAGAGAGCGAAGUACUCAGUAAAAACUAACUCAUUAGGAAUCUGGCGUCCCUUGUAUCACGUUACUGUGGAUCACACGGUGUACAUCGUCGGCAACGACGGUCAAACUGUCGUGCUAAAGAUGCAACGGACAGAAAGGGAGGAGGGUCAAACUGGUUCACGGCGCCGUUUGGCGGGCUGCGUCCCAUCAGCGCAAACACAGUCGUAAAUGGAUGUACGUGUAAAGAUGUAGGUUUUCACGUGACGUGAGCUCCUGCGCCUCAUCCCAACGCUGGCUCGUGGACAAGAUGGGGCAGAUUCAUAAGAAUGGAGGGAGAGAAAGACGCCUAGACAUCAGCAUAUUCCUCACUAUAACAAACCUGACGUGCAGAAGAUGAAGGUGUGAUCACUAUAACCAGAAAUUCUUUGGCCAGACGUUUCGGAAUCUCACUCGAAUCCAGCAUCAUAGACAGUCGCAGAUAAGGGUAAUGGUGGCACAUAGAGUGCAGUAUUUAUAGCACGUGGUUGCCGUGGCACCAUAUGCGCACUGUAAUUAACAGCUCUCGCAAUCACCGCUGGGGUCGUAAUUGAUGCGAUUGUGACUUGUCAGUCCGCGUCAGAGUCGUUAAUCACCGCGAUUUCGCCAUCCACGUUGGAUGUUGGCGUGACGAUUGCUCGGUAAAUUGGCUCACUGACACCGGGAUAAUUGCUCGCCCGCGCCAUCCUCACGUGACAGAUUCACCUGCCCAGGGCAAACCUAGGCACGGAAUAUGGUACCGGACCCGGCCAUAUUUUAAAGUUUCAAGAGGGGUAAAACAGCGUGAGCCGCGAGCUGCUCCAGUCAUGGUUCUCAGGCCCGCAAUCCAUCAACAAGUGCAAUGACCUCCUGGUACCAUAUUCCGUGCUGAGAUUUUCCCUGGGCCGGGGAAUUAGUCACGUGGUGAGGGCCCGGGCGAGCAAAUAUCCCAAUGACAGUGAGCCAAUUUGCCGAGCAAUCGUCACAUCCGCAUCCGGCGCGGAUGACGAAAUCACGGCCAUUAACGACUCAGACGCAGACUGACAAGUCAUCAUCGCAUCAAUUGCGACCCCAGUGGUGAUUGCGAGAGCUGUUACUUACAGUACGCAUGUGGUCCCACGGCAGGCACGUGCUAUAAAUACUGCACUCCUUGUGCCGCCAUUACCCUUAUCUGCGACUGUUUCUGAUGAUGAAUUCGAGUGAUAAUCCGAAACGUCAGACUAAUAAAUUACUUGUUCCAAUGAUCACAUCUUCGUCUUCUGGACUGCCGAACUGUCGUGUGACGUCCGGUGAGAGCUCCAGGUCAAAAGCUGGGCUUGUAUUCUGUUGUGCAUCCAGUACGAACCACUAACUUUGCAUAUAAUGACUAACUGCACUGAAACUAACUGCACCUUAGAGAGAGAGUUUACAAAGACAUAGGAUGACAACAGGUUGUCAUAAAGACAUACUGCGCCAAAAAUAUAUUUAUUUGGCUGGCUUUCCUCAAGAGUUUCGCUCACGCAAGUGCAAAUGCUGUAGCGACGAGUAUUUUGCUACUUCUGACGUACGCAGGACAUGCAGGUGAACGCUUGGCUCGUAGAAAUUCCUCAUGCAACAUAGCAAAGCACAUGUGUUUCACUAGUCGCAAUUAGCACGCGAAAUCUUCCUAAGUUGAAAGGAUCAUGGGCAGAUUUGAAGGGCACUAACAUGCACAACGGGUCGAAAUUGUUUCAUGCGGCUGCGCAGAAUCUGUAAAAACGCCUCCGGGGUUUUGGCCAGUGCCCGCGUUGAGAGCGCGAUAAAGGAUUUUUAUAGGUCUAAUAACAAAAAAUUAUACUGCAUAUGCAAGCAUCAAGCAGCUAGUUCGCAUAAACGUUUUCACUGAGGUAUGUGCAUAAUUUUUGAAACUCUUAUUUUAUGCCUUCACAGUUGAGAUCUAAAAGAACCCUCAAAUUAAUCCGCAAGUUAAAUCUAAAAGCAGUAGGUCGAUAUGUACCUAUGUUUGGGAACAACUUUAAUUCACCCCGUCAAUUGGCCGCCAAUAUAUGGGGAAGAAACUGCACAAACGUUUAUAUUUUAAUUCAGUUAAGAUAAAUUAGUGGAAGCGGCAGUGUCUUCACUGGCAAGCCACAUAAAGACGUUGGCGUUGGAAUACGUUAAUUAGAUUAACACACUAGAUGGCAGAGUAUUCAAAAAAGAAAUAAAGAGGGGAGGAAGGAAUGGAUUAUAACCAAGGGAUAUUUGUUCACUCAUCAGCAAUGAUUUAAAAAAUCAAUAUUUUCUGAGGACGGUGGACAUUAAUGGCCAACACUGCUGGUCCCUAAUCACCAAAUGUUUUUAAAGUCUACUGUCUUCUCACGCCAUACAACAUUUUAAGCUAAAAGAAUGAACUAACUAGAAGGCCUAACGACUCCUGAAAUGUGACCUAAAUCGGGUGCGACAGUACUUUUUCACACCCCCAACCCCAGCUCUGGACACACGGGGUAUCCGACCAAGAAAACUUGAUUUGCGAAAGCAAAAAAAUCCUGAUAAAGUCUGGACCCACCCAGUAACAUUCCGCAGCUGCACGCUCCCAGUGACAGCGGUCAAACGGAUUACCUCAUCGGCAUGCCUCAACCCUUAAUUCUUUAUCAACGUCAACAGCCCUCAAUACUUUCAGAUGAAAGGGUAACCCUCGACUAGAAAAUGGGCUUUAAACCAGAAACCACUCGGCGUGACGGCGCUCAAUCUCUGCUGCUGCUUCUUUCGACAAUAGGAAAUCGGCAAAAGGUAGCCUGAACUCCGCCAUGUGCAUGUGUCGGAAGUAUGGUGAAAGCAUUCCUAGAACCGGCCAUAUUCGUCAAGUCACAGGUGUUUGGAGCCCACAUGUUCACAGCAUGCUUAAAUUUAAAAAAUCUUGAUUGACUUAAAAUAAGUGGAGGGACGGCACAGAGACUCAGGCCGCAUGACGUUUCAGCAAUAACAUUAAAAAGUCAAGUUGGUAAACACGUGUUUUCGGUAACUCAUCAUCAGGACGAUGCAGCUACACUGAACUUGAAGAUACCGGGAGUUCAUAGUGUUUAUAAGUGACUCGAGGACUACUAACACUCAUCGUUCGCAAGCCACCCGCAUGAAGAGGUCGAAAUUCCGUUUUAAUUGGGGCAAGUGGCGAGAUGGAGUUGACCUAGGCUGUAAGUGGUGUUAAUAAGUCGGGUACGUUGAGCACAUGUCACUGCCAUCAGGAGGUUUGGCCGGCGUGCAUUAAUCAUCUGGGUUCGGCGUUGGCCACGGAAGAUAGAGUGCCUGUGUCAACGUCUUCUGACAGCAUAGCACUGGAUUCACUAGCCGUAUAGCCAUUGCCUCGGCUGCAACUAGCAAUCGUUGGCGUAGGCCUCUGGAGAAACUUGCUGGUGUUCGGUAGACAAUAUGAAAGCCUGCUUUUGCGUCGACCCGGUAACCAGUGUGGAUAAGAUAUGCAAGAAUAGAACUCGAAAUCUAUUUGUUUUCACGUCUGCCUAGCGAGGCCGGUAUGUACUCACUUUUCCAGACGCCUCGUUGUACGGUCAUACGGUUGAGGUAAAAAUUCUUCCUAUGAACGACACGAAUAAAGGAAUACAUGGGAAUUUACCUGAUUAAGCACGAGAAUUAUUACACCUCUCUCUAAAUUUCAGGGCUUAAAUUUAGGGUAAUGUUUUGAGGGGUUGGCAUUAGGAUUAUGCUAAGGGUAGGGUUAAAAUUCGGACAUAAAAUAGGGAUCCUCUUGGAAUUUAGCGAGAGUCCACCUGCCGUAUUGUGAUUCAUAUCGCCCUGUUCGAUUCAACUUCGCAUUGGGUGUCUGAGCGUAAUAUUGUCAUUCUAAUGUGGGCUGGAAAAGUAAAUAAACUUUAGUGCAGAAUUUAAUAUUCAAAAUAUUAGGUAAUAUUUGUGUGCGUAUACACCGCUGCAAAAAUAUGUGCACUUUGCCUUCCCAUAGUCCCAAUUGUGCCAGAUGUCCUGAUGACCUUCAAGGCCAAGACUGUGAUCAAAUCAAUAUUUGAACGCAGUAAAUGCAACUGCACCUGGGAUGCCGACUUAGCCAACCCCCUAAUGGACGCCAUAAUGCGCCUGCCCCCCUCUGCUACGUCCUCCACAGCGGCUCAACUAGCCCUAUCAGAAAUCGAUUUUCUCGAUCCAAAAGUGGCCUCCAGGCAGGAGCGACGCGAUGUGGCACGUCUGUUGCAGAACCUGGAGACCUUGACUGAGAACUGCAGCAUCAACACCACGGCCAUGGCCAGAGAGGUGCGAGAAUCGCGCAUGGACAGGGAGAACUUUGCGGUGGGGAUGUUGUUUGCCUCAAAGCCAAUUGUACAGUUAAUUGUCAAUCCGAUGGUCGGACCUUUAACCAAUAUGUAAGUUGGCUGGCCCGUCCAAAAUCAGCACAACCGCAACAGGCCACUGACCACUGCUUUGCAUGAGUAGUAAUAAAUUACGAGCUGAUCAAUCGAUUAUUGGCUGUAUUGAUUUCCCUCGUUCGUGCCAGUUCGGUCUUAAUACUCACAAGAUGCGCACAGAAGUUUUCCCUGCUGUGACCGUCAUUGAAAAAUAGCAUUUUUGAACACUACUCCCACAAGAAAAAAGUGCACUCGAGAUGAGGGCAUUGGUCUGUUUAGAAUAGCUUCCUAAUUAUGAAGAGCUUCGGAAGUUUAAACGAGCGUUUAUGUGAUGUAAUAUGCGCAUACGCAAUACGGUUUAGGCAGCCCUCCUAAUCCAUGUUUACAUGUUUGUCAUUUACUUUUAUUGAGUGUACGCUUAAGUCGGCAAAUGUAUUAAAACACUUGAGAUCCACCUUUUCUAAUCGUCUUCCGAGGUAAGACGUGGAUGUUUGCAGUUUCUUGCCUAAAACUAAGUCUUUUCUUUCACUUUUUGUAUAUUCGAACUGAUCUACGUCACAAAUCGUCCAUUGAAAGGGUUUAACAUUUCCGUAAGGCAACAUCAUGAUUAGAUGAACUGAUUUAUUUGACUGCAUUAAAACCAACCCUUAACUUGAGGGGUAAGAUUACUGUUUCCUAGAAAGGGCUUCAAAUAAUGGCAAACAAUAAGAUCCUGUGAUAAAAUAUUCAGGGUUUAUAUUGUGGCAAGGCAAAUUACAUUUUAUUUAGGAUACGGACCGAACCAUUCCCUUAACCCGUCUGUUCCUCAAAAUUUCCAUCGACUGCCAGAAUGCCUACUUAAUCAAUUCUUUUUUUCUGCCUUCUUCCUUCACUUCGAUAGGAUAGGAUAUUCCAUUCCCAUGUUUGCCGGUCUCGUCAUCAUGUUUGCCUCGACGGUCAGUAAGUUCACUUGUUUCACUAAGUGCUUCCGUUGCGAUAUUUUCCGGCAACUCCGUCUUAACUACAAGGUGUUUCGUUGCAGCCUUUGCCUUCGGUGAGAGCUACCUGGCUCUACUACUGGCCCGAACUAUACAAGGCGCGGGGUCCGCCUGUUCCACUGUCUCCGGCAAGUUUGAAUGGAACUACAAGUCUCCACUCGGUUGUUUUCUAAGUUGCUUGAAUAAUCUACUGCCUUAACGUUCGUAGCUAUUUGAGGGCAGAAAUGCAGCACUUACCUGCUCUAUUGUCGUGUCUGCAGGUCAGCAUUGGCUUAGUAAAAAUCCCCGAUGGGGUGUAAAACAGCUCAUAUUUUCAUGGUAGAGGGGCGCUCAUUGAUCGUAUUUUUACUGAAAUCACUCGUCCCGCUAUGCCUUACGGGCUCUCUUUCUCUCGAGCUCAACCAGCAGCCGCACAUGGCGCAUGAUAUAGGCCGUCGUCAGCCAGUUCUACCUGACCCCGAGGUGUGCAACACCUGGGCUCGAUUCCGCGACCGGUAGGUAAAACGGCCAACGCCUCUCUAAGCACUGAGCAACGGGCUCGUUUUCCUGCCGGUUGCGAUCGGGAAUAUACAGUGGUAGAGUGCCGCCCACUGAUCCUAUUUUACGGAACUCACUCGUGCCGUUGUGUCAUAGGGCUUUCUCUCUCCAUAGGAGGUUCAGGAGUUUUAUUUCCAGGAGUAACUGCGAAGAGGCAGAUAUUAAGAAUCGGUUGACAAAGAUCAUGAAUCGGGUGUCAGCGUCUUUUGUCAAACGAAUUACUCAAUUAACAUGCAGUCAUUAGGGGUGAGGGGUCAUAUGGAAGGCGCCUGUUUGCGUGGAUUGAGUAAGAGCAUCACAAAUCUAGGAAAACGUCCUAACCAUUCGUAAGGCCACCCAAAGGGAACUUUCAGUAAUAUUGCAUACCUAAGCCUGGUGGUAUUCUGAAGUCUCUGUCUGGCCGGCGUCAGAGGGAAUGGGUACAAGUGGCCAUGUAUCCAAGUGGCAGCCAGUCAGCUUCAACUUUGGCGAGUUGGUUCUUAGAGGUGUGCAUGCGUGUGGUUAGUUAUUUUCGAGGUUGCCAACGUGAAGGUAUCCACGCAACUUCCGCCAGUUUGAAUAAAAAACCGAGUAUUCACAUUUGAACGUUUAACUCGAGCAAAAAGUCAGUCAAUCAGAGAUAUGGGAAAAAUUGUCCUAGCAUAUCCAAAAGAGCAGAAAUCUUUGUAAUUUGGAUAUCGAACAUUCAUUAUAGGUCGGCAAUUCAAGUGACUUAGAACGUUUUCGAUGAUAUCAGUAACCGUUUUUGCAGAUUCGCAUAAUCUGAUCUUAUCGCAAAAUCCCCGGGGAGAUUUGGGUCCACGACAACACGCACCAGUCAUGUCAGCUUAGCGUGUCAAAACUAGUGGACUCCAUACGUAGCCGCACGUUGGGCGGAACCUCGUAGCCUGUAAGACUAGAGCGAUGACCGCACAAAGGACUUGCAUUUGACGUCGUGGGGUCUAAUUGCAUCGAGGCCACAGGGCUUUUUUUACAAAUGAAUCAGGUAUAUUAACUGAUAUUGUCUAACAGAAGAUGAAUGCUAUCGAAGCGCCGUGUCUUGUAUCUUUAAAUACAUCAGAUUUAGCUCCUUCUUUGAAUAUACAUCACCCACCUCAGUAUAGCACAAAAACUUUCCCUUGCCGCAGCCAAAUGUCCAGUGCACUGCGUCCUAGAGUAACAUUCAUUCAGUCAAUUUAUUAUUGUGGAUUUAGUUUCUUCCCCAUAACACUCGAUUGCACAAAUUAUUUUUUAGGUAUGGGCAUGCUGGCUACCUACUAUAAGGAUCCGAAGGAGCGAUCUCAGGCCUUUGGAUAUGCCCUCACUGCCCUUGCUCUUGGCGUCUUAGGUAGUCAUUUUGCGCAGACUGCAACUCCAAAAUAUCCGCGCUAAACCUGUCCUGCUGAUUACUGCACACCGUUUUAAUUCAUGGCCUAUGCGUUAUUAAUGGAUGAGAAAAAAUCAAUACUUUUAACGCUAAUCGUAAAUAGACUACACUUACAGACGAGACCAACUGUGAAAUUUCCUUUUGUCGAAGCAAACAGACGGUCAAUUUUCAACGACAAAUAUUGGUGACUAUGGUAGUGAUGUGAAAGUAUUGAUUUAGUAGCGGAAUUUCUACGUUAUUAACUCAAGUAGAAUAGAUUACUGCAGACUGUCCAGCUAACGAAAGUGAAGCCAACACUCAUAUGUUGAUUUUUUGAUGAAAAUCCUUCCCGCAACCCGCGCUAGUAUGAUUCGUGGAAAAAGAACCGGGAAAACGUUUUUACAUUUUCCGCCACACACACGCAUCUUUGUAAGAUUUUGACUUCAGCCGACAACUGCGUCUUAAGAAAUCGAGAAUUUCCUCAAUGAGGAACUGCAAAAUCUAAAUCGAAUUUCGUGGGACUUUCUUAACAUGCCCUUAAAGCCGUCCAAGAACUGCGGGUUUCUCUUAUUUGACAUUGUAUCUUGUAAAAAAAUCGCUUAAUGAAAGUUUGGCAGACAGUAGACUGUACAUAUCUGUAGGGUUUCCGUAAUUUGUUUUCCCAUGGAGACACGAUAUAGUGGAGCCUUGCUUUGCAUAACCCAAAAUAAUAUAUUAUAUUUCUGAGAAUAUGAUCGGCAAACAUUGCAAAGGGGAAAGAGACGAUGUUCUUUUUGUAAAAAAAUGCAUUUCUUACUGAAGAAAGACUUCGUUACGUUCCUCAGCCCGUCCGCAAGCCCAUGGUAAACUUACAAAACGGUUCUGAUAAGAUGAUAUUUUUGACCAAUACGCGUGAGCUGUCAUCAGUCCUACUUGCCUGCACUUGCAUUUGAAAAUUCGGCAAUUGUAAUUUUAUAGAUACGUCUAUUAAGGCAGGAUCCUUUUAACCGCAGUACCUUUUUGAAAACAAUAGGGAUGCAUAAAAUGCUUCUGUCUUCUUCUCCCUCUCUCUCCAAAGCUUCACACAAUACAGGUUUUACACCUCUACACGUAUGCGAAAGGCGACGCAGUUAAAGUACUAGGAUUUGUUUUGUAUGAGGAGUUCCUUAACGUACAGAAGACCUUCCCUCUGCUGCCACUAAGCCAUUCGUUUACUAACAUAUUUUUAUAUUUUUAGUUGGACCAACCUAUGGCGGCAUCGUGUACGAAUUUGUCAACAGACGAGCGCCUUACCUCAUCUUAUCAGCGCUGGCUGUACUGUGUGGCGGUAAGUAGAAUACUGCUUAUAUGAUGGAUGAUGGAUAAACAGCAAAUGAAGAUACUGACUUGAGUACUGGAGCAAGUUCUGAAGAGUCAUUAAGUAGUUGAAGAAAAAUUGAUCCCUGGGAUACCUACCACUUAGAUGGUGUUUUGCAUGUGAAAACCAGUUGGAUGUUCGUGUCAACAGCGAUAGGUGACGAGACUAAAGUGGCUGAUUCUGGCUCGUCAGCCGUCAUCAAACGCCAGACUAUAAAUUUGUCGACUGAUCAGCAGGGCACGCCUUCACCGCUAAGCUAACAGGUUCACGUCAUGUCAGCUGAGGCCGGGAUCACCUAAUCACGUAGGUGUGGCGCGCACCGAUCUGCCUUGAUUGGAGGAAGAAAAUGACGGGAACGGUCAUCUCAGUAUUUAGGCCUAUGUCAGUCAAAUAUAUCCGAUUGUUCAGAAGAGACAGUGGCGAGUGAACGUUCCUUUCGGUAAAUUCUCAUCAGACCAAUACAGUUACAUAGGGCGGGGUACAGUGAGUGAAACAAAAAUCGAUAAAAGUUAGAUUUUAAAUUACAGGCUAGGCAAGAACGGAAGGGCACAGAAAGUUGUAUGUGGUUAGUCAACCAUUGACCACGGUAAGCUUGGAGCCUGAACAAGGUUACGAAAACUGACCCUAUGCGCCCAAAAGAACCUUGUUCAGGCUCCGCGCUUACCGUGGUCAAAGGUUGACUAGCCACAUACAACUUUCUGCGCCCUUCCGUUCUUGCCUAGCCUGUAAUUUAAAAUCUAACUUUUAUCGAUUUUUGUUUCACUCACUGUACCCCGCCCUAUGUAACUGUAUUGGCCUGAUGAGAAUAUCCGAUUGUCUUCAAGAUUUUGGAAUGCAACCAGAUAUCCAUAACCAAUAUUGUUGAGCUACUGAUUUGAUUUCAGUAGGCGUAAUUAAAUUGCAGCUACAUACUACAGGCUACGAGCGAAUGCGUUUAGCUUACUUUUUAGUCCAGCCAACCUCUUGGCUCAGUGAGUUCACUAGGCGCGUUUCCUACUUAAUCCAACGAGUGCUUAAGCUAAGAAGCGAGUGUGUUCACUUCUCUUUCCGAUCCAGCGAGUGGCUAGGCUACGCAACUGAAUGCGUUUACCUUCCUUUUAAUCUUGCGAGUGGCUAGGCUAUGAAACCGCAUGCGUUCAAUGUAUUUUCUAACCGAGCGAGUAACUAGCCUACGUAAUCGCGUGUGCCUUCUGUAUUUUCUAAUCCAGUGAUUAGCUAUGCUGCCAAACCGAAUGUGUCCACUUUAUUUUCUAACCCAGCGAGUGGCCAGGAUGUGAACCAAAUGUGUUCACUUUAUUUUCUAAUCCAGCGAGUGGUUCGGCCAGGAAACCGAAUGUGCUCAGUUUGCUUUUUAAUCCUGCACACCCUUACCUAUGCCGUCGGUUUGCUCUCCCACUGGUCGACUAGGUCUGCGCUCACUCGUACGCAGCGGUUAACUUUCACCUCAUUCAAAGUUUCGUUGCGCUUCACUCUACGGAUUUUUUUCGCCCACUUCUGUCGUAUAAUUUCUGGUGCAUACGAUAGCCUCACCCGUAAAACCCCUCUUGUUACGAUUCCCGUAGUAGAGGUAACUGGGAUAGACCAGCCGCAGGGAUGGCUGCAUGUUAAGCUCUGACCCGAAUAUCGACCGUUAGUUGCCAUGCCACCGCCUUCGUGAAGACAACGGAACCUCAGCUCAAAGGUUCUAUCUCAUACGGCAGUCAGGAUAGAUUGAUGGACGUCGCUGUCGUGGAACAAACAAGAAGAACAAUUUGAUUGUCCUACUUCAUUUCAUGUGAAGCACCUAACUGACUGUUUAUUGUUGUCACAUGCACUAAAAAUACUCGUAAUCGUAACUCUAUGUGUGGCCACAGAGCGGGCUACAUAAGACACACAGAGGCCGGGCACAUAUGGUGGAUUUAGUGAACAAAUUCUUCACAUGAAUACAUUUCGGACUAGUUCGAGCUGCAAUUUGGCCCCACUUAAUAGUGCCUUAAAAAUAAACUUUAAACGGCAGAGAUAUUAGAAUGGCAGUUUUUCGAAUCCUUUUUCUUCCGAGAGAGGAUAAUGAAGACUGAUUGAGCGCCGGAACAAUUUGUUUAUUUAUUGGUGUUUUUGAAUACGAACAGGAGUCAGUCAACAAACUAACAAGCGAUAAUACAGGGGUAUUAGUCAAGCAUCGCUUAGUGACAUACGCUUGGAGCUGACUAAGUUAGACGUUGUAUGCCAGAAGCAGAUUAGUAAAUGGACUGAAUGAGUUCUACUCUAAGGCACAGACCUCAAUCAAUUCUCGGUCUGGCUUGCAGAGUGGACGAUUGCUUUGGUGGUUGCGAUGUUAAAGGAGUGACCCAUUUCGAAGGCGUAGACAGCCGCUGGGAAUAACCUGGCACCCCGUUGCACAGUCAGUUCAUGUUUCUGCAUGCGCGAUCCUAGUAUGCGUUCAGUUUGGCCUGUGAACUUACAAGCACAGUUUAGAAGCAGGAUGCAAUACACUGUACUCGACUGUUCCCAGAAAUUCAAUGGGUCCUUACCCUUCCUGACAAUUCUGCACAGAGUAUCUUUUGACCAAUGCACAAUUUCAACAUGUAAUCUAGCAGCAACGCGCUCGUCCUUAGUAUAAGUUAGAGCGUGCCAUACAAUCGGUGGUGUUCCCAUUUGGGUCCGUCAGGGGGCGAACACGUGGUCAUUAACUUAUGGAUGCCUUCGGCUAACCAUUCUGCACUAAUUUUUCGACGAGGUAUCUGGCCUCGCGGGCUUUUUCUGUCGACGUGCUGUGAUGAGUAUGGACUAGUUUACUGAACGUUCUCACACAGCUUCGUUUGUGAGUCACCUAAAACAGUUUUUUGUUUGCUAAACAGGUUUCCUGAAAGUCAUUCCUAGUAGGCACGGUUGUGCGCAACUGUAGUAGCUUAACGAAUCCUACCGUCGUUCCCAAAGUUAGUUUUCUUUGGGGCAACAUCACGCAGCCUCCCCUAUAAAAGAUAUCUUCCCAACUUUCGAAAUUCACCUCCAACAACCAAUCAUUUUUCCGUCUCUGUUGCGCUUGAAUACUGCCUGAUUAAUACUUGCGUUUGAACAAACUAUAUCUUGCUGUUCUGUGUCGCCCAGAGUCUGGUUUAUAACUAUUCCGCUUCAUACGUACAAUUCAUGAGAAUGGUUUGGACAGCAAUUAAAAAUUACUCAUCUAUUACUAUAAUUCACUUGAGUAGUCAGUCAUUGCUGAUUUUCCUGAAUACCAGUUUUGCAGAUUGUCGUUUUCAAGCCAGCGAUUCGACCAGAGGACGAAAAAGGAACUUCAAUUUGUCACCUCCUUACUGACCCCUACAUCCUCGUGGGAGCAGGUAAUUGCAACUCCUAUGAACUAUUUUUCCUCAAAAUGGGUUUUCAAGAGAGACGCUAGUCCGCAUAUACAAAGUCGCUGUUAUCCCUGUGUUAAUUUUCAUAAAUAAAGAUAUACGUUUAACUGGUAAACGCAUGCUUUGUUACGCGGAUUACAGAUGGGAAAAGCUCACUUACAGUGAGUGACCGAUCUGAUGAAAUGUUUGGGUGAAAUAUCGUUUUCGAUUAAGAAGAAUUACUUAGGUGGGGUUUUAAAACUAAUUAUAAUGCGGAAUAAUCCCACAAUAUUUCGGACUCGGUAGGAUAUCGGCUGUUAAAUGCAUUUUUUACCUUCUGUGGAAACCGUGUGCGGUAAAAAAUGACCACUUAAUUGGCGUGCAUUUUUCACAUCGUUUUCGAUCUUCCUAAAUAUUCAAAUACAUAUUAUAAAAAGCAUGAACUAAAAUAUGCUUUUGUUUACUCGUUUAAUAGAGAACCACGUCAUCUUCACAUUUUGCGCUCAAAGAAGACGUAUAAUUAUGUUUUAAGAAGUUAUCUAAUUCCCGAAUUAUUUUAAGCCUGAUCAGCCGUUUCAUUAGUGCUUAAAAUUUAAGUUUUCAAGAUGUAUGCUUUCACGUAAGGAUAAUCAUACAUUUCACUGUCUUUAAAAAGAUAUCAUAUAGAUUUUUAUAGAAUUUUCAAUGCGUGCGGACUAUGUUGUGCAUUCCACUAGGAGCAGUUGGAAACGGACAGGUACGAUACUGUAGGAAUGGACACUAAGCGGUUUUACAAAAUCUCAUAAUAAGGAACUUUUUAAAACUCGAAUAUACCCCUUCUUCGGUUACCAUAUGUGAAGUUGACGUGAUUCUUUAUCCAACGAUCUCCCGCCGAGUCCGAAAUAUUGUGAUUAAUUCCGCAUUAUAGUUGGUUUUAAAACCCCAUUUAAAUAUUACUUAUUAAUCGGAAACGCAUUUCAGGCCAGAGAUGGCGUGUCUCCCAAUCAAAGGACUGAAAGAAAGCCUACUUCUGUUCUAUGAAAUAUAUUUGAAUUUGCAAGACCAUCGAAAAUGAAUGUGAAAAAUGCAUGCUACCUAAGUAGCCAUUUUUUCCGAAUACGGUUACUACAGGCGAUUGAAAAGCAGUGCAUUCAAAAGCUGACACCCUGCCGAGUGCAAAAUAUUUUAGGAUUAUGCCGCAAGAUAAUCAGUAUUACAACCGCGCCUAAAUAAUCCUUUUUAAUCGAAAACGCAUUUCAAAAUUUCAGCCAACAUUUCAUGAGAUCGGUCACUCACUAUAUUUCAAGGACUCCAAAGGCUAUCUCGGUUUUUCUUUUAAAAGCCCGUUUGCAUAUACAACAAAAGCUGUUUAAGGGUCCUGUACGUGACAAUAUGUGCACGCUAAAACAUACCGGAAGAAACGGUUAACAAAGAUACGCUACUUACCCGAUUGAUUACGAAGCAAAUACUGUGGCAUUGGGUUUAUCAAUCGGCACUUACUGAGCCGCAGAUAUGUCGCACAAAACCUUACACUAGGGGAGUCUCAGAAAUCAUAGAUCGUGGCUUUUGAGGUCUAAAAACUGAAGUAGAGCAAGUUUAAAUCAGGUUUAACAAAGUCUUUGAGUAUGGACUACCGAAUUUCUUAUGAAGGCCGCGUCUGCAAAUAUUCUGUCCAGCUUAAGUGAAGACUCAAGAUAAGGCCAUAAAAGCCUACUAGGAAAGUUUCAUCAGAAGAUACAAUUUCCCUCGUGGCUACUCAUUGUCCAGAGCGACAUCAUAUCCUCAAUUUUGCUGCUAAGCCGAUAUUUAUAAGAGUCGCCAACAAGGCUGUGAGUGGGUUGAUCGAUACUUGGUCAUCGAUCAAAACAUCGUUUGGUAGAAGCAUCGAAAUCGCACCCUAAAAGGAAGCGCCGCGAUGUCAAACUAAAGAUCGAUAACCAGCCGCAAGACUGACGACUGCAGCAAACCUCAGAGCAAACGCAAGACCAAGCUGACUAGGUGCUUCUAAAGCAAAACCCUUUGUGGUUCGCAUCUUGGGAGUUAGUCCCCCCAACUGGUGUGAAAGACCAAUUAGGUGCUUCAAAAUCGACGAAAAAGGUUUCAGGAUACAUAGUUUCUGAGCGAAUUUUGCACAGGUUUUCUUCAGCAAAGUGUACUUUUACUGUCUACUGUGUGUCACAUUUUCGUUUUCGGCAAACUAGUUAGAAUUAUAGCAGGAUGAAGCAAGCAUCCACAAGCCAAGUCGCUGAUUUUGAAGACAUGAGCUGUGAGAAACGAGGUGAUGGUAUGCUGGAGAAAUUGUCAUCACUCUUUUUUGAGUAUCGCAGACUUCCGCCAAACUUGUCUUCUAGAUAUAGGUUCGCAUAGAAGCGUGACACGUGAAGCUUUGGCCAGUACCACCACUGAAAUCAAAAUUUUGUUAAGUUAGCUUAGCCAACAGAAAACAGUUAUUCACGACUCAAGACCUGAGCAGGUUUAUUACCAUUGUGGAGCAAGAUAAAAAGCCCCACCACCGGUGAUUUUUUGUCUCAACAGGAGCUCUGACCUUUGGGACCGUCGGCAUCGCUGUGCUGGAACCCACUCUACCAAUGUGGAUGAAGAAACACAUGAAUUCGAACAGUUGGGAGCAGGGAAUUGUCUUUCUCCCCUCCAGCAUCUCCUACCUGCUCAGCACAAACAUCAUCAGUCGGUUUGCCCACAAAGUGGGUCACUGGCUGAGCGCCCUUCUGGGAAUGGUCAUCUGCGGCCUCUCUCUUAUUUGUGUGAGUCUGCGUCCUAGACUUGAGUAAAAACAAACCGGUGGGACAGGAACAUUCGAACUCCCCCUUAUACAGGUGACCCGGCGCUGGAUUCCGGGUUAAGGUUACGGUUUUGGGAAGUGUUCGAUUAGGGACAGAAGAAUAGGUAUCACCGUCAGUCCGGGAUAAUUCUCUUCCCCACGUCUUGCUCAGUUCAGUCAAACGCAGGGAUUCUGUUCGUGCCGCGGCUUUUGGUAAACGCUUGGAUUCCAAAAUUCAUAAUUAGGCUAAAAAUAUUUUCUUAUCUUUGCCCACAAAGUGGGUCACUGGCUGAGCGCCCUUCUGGGGAUGGUCAUCUGCGGCCUCUCUCUUAUUUGUGUGAGUCUGCUUCCUAGACUUGAGUAAAACAUAAACUGGCAAGACAGGGUAAUUUGAACUCCCCCUGGUGCCGCAAGUUCGUGGUUCUAAUGAGCUUAGGAAACUGGAAGGACGCUGGUCUUGACUUGUGUAGGCGGAUGCACAGUAAGUGGGCUAACUCAUGAAACGUCAACGAAAAUUCCGAAAUGCGAUUUCGUCUCGAAAAGAUUAAUUAAGUAGGGUUGUAAGACUGAUCAGGCUGCAGCAUCAUUUUUAAUAAUUCAGUUACCUCAGGAUGCCGGCUUUCGAACGACCUUCCUUACGGCUGCAUGCAAAAACUACACUCUGUAAAAGAUGACUACUUCAGUAGCAUGCAUUUUUCCCUUUUAUUUUCGGUGCCCGUAAAAUUCCAGUCCUAGUUCAUGGAAAACAUGCAUAAGAAUAUUCAUUCUUUCACUUAUUCGGUAGAACAUUACGUGUUCUAUCAAUCUGAUACUCGAAGGACGAGUAUAAUUCGGUUUUAAAAAAGUUUCUUAUUGUGAUAUUUUUAAAUACCGUAAAAUGGCCGUUCAUAAAUCGCAUGUCUCUGCAUUUACCAAUGUGACUGGUAAAGUUAACAAUAUCCAAUGCUAAAUUUUAUGAACCCCAUAUGGUCUCCUCUUAAUACCGUAAAGAAAUGUGUGGCUCUUCGUACGCGGAAACUACAUGGCUUGUAGGUUGGAAACCCUGAAUUCAAGUGCGACGACAGAACGUGUUCAAAAUGAUUCAUGAAUCGGAAGUUUUUAAAAACCGAAUGAUACCGUUCCUUCAAGUAUAAAUCUGAAAGAAGACGUAAUUGUCCACCGAAUGGACUGAGGAAUUAACAUUUUAAUGCAUGUUUUCAGGGAAAUAUAAUUAGACAUUUAGAGACAUCGAAAAUCAAUGGGAUAAAGGCAUGCUACUUAAGUAGUCAUUUUUUACAGAGUAUAGUUUUUGUACACGGCCGGAAGGAAGUUGUUUCAAAAGCCGGCAUCCUGAAGUAAUUGAAUUAUUAUAGAAUCAAACUGCAGACUGAUUAGUUUUACAAUCCCACUUAAUUUAUCUUUUCGAAACGAAAACGCAUUUCGGAAUUUCAGUUGACAUUUCAUGAGUUAGCCCACCUGCUGUAGGUGGCCUUGUGCUGAAUUCCGGGAGAUAAGGGUUAAGGUUACGGUUUUGGUAAGUUUUCGGUUAGGGACAGGAGAAUAGGUACCACCUGCAGCCCGGGACCAUACCCUACUCCACGUCUUGCUCAGAAACCAUAUUUGCUCAGUUAAUUCAAACACAGAGAUCCUGUUUGUGUCGCGGCUUUUCGCAAACGUUGGGAUUCCAAAAUACAUGGUUAGGAUAAAAAUAUCUUUUUAUCUUUGUCAAAAGGCCUCUUUAGGAGCCUUCCCAUAAAAAGGCGAAAAAGGAUUAGCCAAGACUCGGCUGAUCGAGGUCAGGCUCCCAAAAGGAAAACCUCGAAACCAUCAGCACUGCUAUUAACACACCGGAUCGUAUAAAGAGGUUUUUAUGGCAUAUGUCACGAGGAGAUGAAUCGUAGUGCUGAACCGUAAACAUGGCAUUGUGCAGAGGCUUGAAAGCACCCAAAAAUAAACACUUUAAAUUUGAGGAAACUUUACUCGAAGACCAGGAUUAGGGAUGAGUCGGAGGCAGUUUAGAACAAACUGCAGAAAAGUGGCAGCAUUCUGCUGAAUUUGCCAGGUGCACAGAUCACUGCAAAUACGCAAACGCUCCGGACGAUAACAGUGCCUAUCCAUAAGAGGUCCUGAAAGUGAACGUUGCGUAGAUAACCACCAACGCCAGUCAAACGAGGAUGGAUGGUUGUAUAAGAACCUAGAAGUCUAACGAAUAUUGAUUUAGAAAGUGCGAAAAUAAGAGAAACUGUCGUAUCGACAGAGGAAAAAAAUUAAUAAAUUGCCUGAAAAGAAAUGAUUGACGAGUUUAUUUAUCGGUUCGACCCUUCUGGUUAAAACGACGAGGUUUCUAAUUCACGACGUUGUAGAUCAAGUAGGCAAAACACUUCGAAUUCAGGAUAGUUUUAAAUAUCCACCUGCCUGGAAUGCCCCUUAUUUGAUAUUGGCAGGUGAGCGCUCGCCGAUCGCGUUCGGGGCACACGCAUCCGGUUGUGCCUUAGGACUCCAUCACGAGUUCUGGCAGCGGCCGUUAAGUGGCUGGUAUUAUAGGCAGAAAGACAAAAAUUGCAAGACAAGGGAGACUGGAGUGGUCAUCAUCUACCGUUUCAUCGUUUGCAACUAGAUUCCAAAUGAAGGGAGGAUGCGAUGGGCUACUUUGCUGCACUAAAUAAUUUAGCUAUGCAUAAAAGAGUUUCCAAAAACGCAAGGAAGACUGGGAUGGCCAUUUCUGAGAUAUUAGCUGCCAUCAUCCAGCCAUACCGAAAUCCAUAUUUUGCAGCUCUUGAUGCCCGAACACGCGACCCCUUGAUUAGAAAUCCAAUGCCCUAACCACUGAGCCACGGGCUCGAUGUCUUGUCCGAUUCCCCUUCUCGUUCACGCGUUUAUCUUUCAGCGUCUCGUAACUAAGUGCAUCAGGGAGGUACCGCUUUGUUGGACAGAUGUAAGGACGCAUUAGCAAUGAAUGCUACAGUCUUUUGAAACUUGGACUUCGAAAACUCCAUAACGCAGAGGCUCUUCCUUCUAGGAAUCCAGUCUUUCGUAUGUUAGCACGCAGGUAUAGAGAAAAGCAUGGCUGGCACACCACCCACCCGGAUGAAUUGUAAAGUGUGCAGGGAGCUUCAUAACACCACAUAUGACUCCUAACCUUAACCCUUAACCCCAACCCCAACAGUAUUGUGUCUAUUAGGUGGGGCUACCAAACCACAUCUUACGCAAACCUGGAGUGCCGAAAUCAUUUAGCUGUCUGUAAAACUUGUCAAAGGUACUGCGGUUUGCGCGUGUGAUUUCUAAGUCCACACUUGGACAAAUGGUCAGAAUUUACUAUACAUUCUGCAAAAAAUGUUUUUCCUGUGAACAAUUUUUAGCGAGGGUAAAUUUUAAUUGCACAACAAAAGUAUACAACUUACCUGUUAACUUCCCUAUUCAGGUGCCCUUUGCCCAGUCAAUGGUUCAUUUACUCGUCCCUGUCUUUACGCUUGGAGUGGGUAUCGGUACGUGAAGGCAUGAAGUAUAUUCCGCUUGCUGUCGAUCUAUUUUCCACCCAAGUUCACUAAUAUAAAAUACAGACCUACUGAAAAGGCAUCAGUAACCACAUUACAAAUUAAAUAGAGGAUCCAAAUUUCCCUCAUCGUUAGUGGUAGCCCGUUUUCUAAGUUCGACCGCAGUACCAAAACCGGCGACCCGGGCAACCACGCCGGACCCAAUAAAAUGGGCUGAUCAAGAGAACAACUUCGGAAGAAUUUAAUGAGAGUGUCAUGUACCGAUCUAUCCUGCAUUUUGUUUUGCCCUGGAACACUGGAAUGACUACUCGGGGAUAUUGGAAGCGGACUGCGAAACGUAACCAUCAGUGUUAAUCAAUUUGCACUAGAUCCUGUUUUCAACGCUUAAACGCAAAAGUCAUCUAGAAAUUUCGUCACCAGACGGAUGCUUCUGCUUUCAUAAACCAUAGACACACUAUGUUGGCGUUUGAUAAACCCCUGUAACAGCCAAUAGUUAGAGCGAUCAAGUGUUAAAAACAUGCCAUUUAUCUGAUUGUAUCUAAAACAUCCCGGUAAUUCCGAGUGAGAUUUUUACAAUUGAAAUGCUUAGUUAAGUGAAGUACAGAUUCAUUAAGUUGAAGAGCGGACAUUAAGUAUGUGCAUUCGUAUAGGAGUCUCUGGUCUUCACGUAAUUUGCCUCAAGAUAAUCCUUUUCGAUAUAACUCAGACAAGAUAAAUGCUUACUAAUUUAAAAAUGCUAUUCCACCAGAUGCGACAUGUCAUUUUGCGGCAAAUACACGCUGCAAAUACCGCACCCUCUGCGUGUCCGCAAUCUUCAUUUGUUGUUAUUUCUGAUGAUGAGUCCGAGGCUGAAUCUAAAUAGUUAAGUCUGUGAAACACCAGUUCCGUCGUUGUUGACUCCCUAUUCUACACUACUUGAAGGAACUCGCGGUGUCGCAUGUAUCGGCAAUAGGCCUCUUUGCUCGUUAUAAAGAAUUAUGCGAUUUCUAGUUUAUUUUGAGGAUUUUAUCUUCUCAGAGAAUUUUCGAUGCAACAUCUCAACAUUAUUUGAUAAACACUUAGAAUGACCAACUGGAUAAAAUGCACAGUCCUAAGAUGUUCAUCAAGUGUUCGCUGGUAGGAGUCCCGCUUUCUUCCGUGAUCGAUGACGAACGUCAAUUGCGUACAAAUGUGCAGCGCUUUUAGUACUUUUAUUAUAUAAAUCUAACGAACAACCUCUUCUUUUUACUUAGGCAUGGUGGAUGCUUCAAUGAUGCCACAAAUGGGCUGCCUGGUGGACCUUCGUCACGUUGCAGUCUACGGCAGUGUUUACGCAAUCGCUGAUGCCGCCUUUUGCUUGGGUUUUGCUAUCGGUAACUGCUAUUCACUGUUUUUAUUUCAGGUCUCUCCCCGACUACUCAGUCGGGCAAAAGCUGAUCAUGCAUGCACUGGCAUCUAUUUGAUUUAAAAAAUCGAUAACUGCUAUCAAUCGAAGGCGGGUUUGUCGUGGCAGUCAAAGCCAGCAAGAUCUUGAGGCCUCGUUCCUGAUGGGACGCUUGACACCAAUAGAUAGAGAAUUAUAUUCUGCGUAAAAUGACUUGAUAAUAAAUUGUAGAGAGUCGGCAGUCGGACAAGAUGGGCAAAUCCGACACCGGGGGAGCAGGCAUCACGAGUGGCUGUGGAACAUGCGUUCGAGCUCCUUGAGUCAGAGCGUCUGCGUUGGCCUUGAAUUUGAUUGGCGGGUUUACAUAGCUAGGAUUGGCCGAGAAGCAGGCUGACGGUGUCACGCGCGUGCAAGCGUGCGCGGGAAGCGCAGGAUGACUACAGGUUUGCGCAUAUUUCGUACUGUUAUUUUAUGUCGCGUGUCUACGGAAAAUCUCCGCAUACAAAGUGCCACAACUGCAUGAAAAUGAAUUAGGCUCACCCAGUCCCCAUUCUGGUUGCGAUGCUGUAGACUGACAGGAGUAAGCAAGCGGGAAACGGCCUGGCCAGUCAGUGAAUGCCCCCAUCUGACAGGGUACUUUCGAAAAUUGCCUGAGACAAAAUAACCUAAUCUGCACUCGAUCAGCUCCAAAUGUUUUGAGGGUUUUUAGAAAUCUAAACUAAAUCAUAGUCUGCAUAGAUCUCGGCGGUCCACGUUUACAAGGACUUUGCAUUGCGAAGGUCAGUUACCAGUUAGACACCAUUACGUACCCGCAAAUGUUGCGAUCGAACGUGAGAAUAAGGACCUCAAUGUACUGCAUGUGAUCAUGCGUUAAAUUCCAGCGAGUAUUCAGUCCCCUGUCCCAACUUUUACCCUAAUCCCAACACCAACCCUACCCUACCACUAAAACUAAACCCGAUAAACCUGGCGGUAACUAUAACUUCCUGAGAUUUAACGCAAGGCCACAAGCAAUAAAGGAUCCCCGUUUCUUUUCAUUCACCUUUACUCAACUUCGUUCGCCGGUAGGUAAACGACCUCCUUUAACUGUGAGGCCUUUGGAUCAAUGAAAAGGUCUAUCGCGGCACGCUAGGCCGCAAGUGAGACCCUGGCUACCACGACCUUCAGGCCCGGUCCCAGAUGGAAAGCGAAGGCGGAAGCCAAUGGGGUGGAUAAUAUAUUCUGUACGGAAUAACCGGAUAAGUAGUUGGAGAGAGUUGGCAGCCGGACGAGGGCACGUCCGGCGCCGGGUGAAUGGCGUCCCAAGUGUCUGUCAGGAUAUGCGUCAAAGCGUCUUAAGACAGAGCACGUCUGACUCGGCCCUGAAUCUGAUUGGUCGGUUGGAAAGUCGAGUGGAAGAAUGCCGGAUAACCAUGGUGCGCUCGUGCAGACAUUCGCGAGAGGUCUAGCGUUCAGGCAGACUCUCGGAGUAGUGCCACUACAGGUCAAACCACACGGGGCGUUAACGAAAGUAGAAUGUAAGCUCUAAAACACCUAUAUGUACAUCCAGAUGCUGGGAUUUGCAAGCCUUUUUGAAUAAACGGCAAUCCAGAUACUAAAAAGGACAUUCAUAUUUUGCAUUCACUUGAUCACUCGGCAUCCCUUUUAUUUUAUUCCACUUCAGGACCUGUGGUCAGCGGAAGUCUAGCUCAGACUGUUGGUUUCAGUUGGUAAGUAAUAGAUUAUUGUUUCUGACCUUUCAUCUGCUGCAAGGUCUACGUUCAUUGAUAGUUGCCUCGGUAGCGUUAGAAACGAUUCUUUCAGUUACCUGGCGACAGUUGUCUCUUUUUAACCUUAAUUUGCUGUGUCACGAGAGUCAUUUAGAAUGCAAUAUAAAGUGGUAUGUAACCCCUGACGCACUGGUUUGCAACUGAAGGGAUUCAUGAGAUGCACAUUCUAAGAACACCGGUACAGUAGAUUAUAACGCACUUCCGAUGCGAUACUAUCCGAACAGUUGCUCGGUCUACGCUCAUAAUAUGUGGCAAAACUCAUUACAAAUUGACAGUACAAACGCAUAGCGAUUCUUAGUAUUAAAUUAUAUGCCUACUUGGACUAAGAUUAUGGAUCUGCACUAAAGAGAUACUACGAUAUAUAGUUUGCUCAACUUGAUAUCUAAACGCCUGAGUUUUUUGCUUCCCAACGAUCCACUACGAUCUACUUUCAAAGCAGCUUCGACGAAAGAGUAAAAAUGAUCCUGUUUGGUGUCGGUACUUAGGUAAGGUCUUCUUGCAGGACAAUUUUACACGGUAAUAUCUUUGCGGUUUCUAGGAAGUCAUGUUGCUGUAAGGCAUGGAAAUUGAAAAUUUGAAGUAUUAUGAAUUAAAAUAUGUGCAGAGACGCAUAGCUUUUGAAACAAAACUAUAUCCCUUGCUCUGUUGUAAUGAUUGCGUUUUACUCGCCCGUAAUGUCUUCGUAGAGCGCUUUCAUGUAUUAUUUAACAUUGGCAUAUACACCUGACAUGGUACUCGUAAAACGUUCGAACAAGUGCAAAAACACUGGCGCACGUUGUAUUUCGUUUUAUGACCGACUUGCUAUCGAAAUAGACGUGCAUUUAGGCAAAUGUUUCAAAUGUCUGCCAACGAGAAGCUUUAGAUCGAGUUGAUCCUGUUACAAAUUUAAAAAAUCAUAAUUUAAACGUCAAAGGAAGAACUGCGAGAAAAUACUGUUUUAUUAAUCUUUUCAACUACGACAACAUGUAUUAUAUAACAACCUAAUUUGAGUAGAUACGUAAAUAUUACUCAUUAAUUCUAGUGUUUCCUUAGGAGGUCAUGAUACUUGCUAUGAAGAAUCAUUAAAACUUGUCAUGUAAUCCAGCGUGCCCUUCGGUGCAUCCGUCACCCGCAAGCUUGAAAAAAAUCCAGGCAUUAAAGUCCACAUUUGUAUAAUGUUUGCCGAAUCCCGAGCUUUCAAAUGAUACAAGCGACCCUAGGUGAAUUUAGCUGAGGGUGAUUAAAAUGCGUUCGGAACAUUAGCGGAUGUGCAUUUCUAUUUCAAAUCGCAAGAGGGUAUUGUUUUUUCCCAUGACAAAAUAAAUGUCGAGCAUGACAGACGCGGUGUCCCGGAUGUGCAGACCGAAUGCAUACGCAAACUUUUAGAUGACAGUAUACUCAUCGUGCCUCUCAAGGGGAAUUACUGCUUGUAUGCGGAUUUAGUUGCCAUUAGGUAAAGUUCUACAGCACUUUGCCCUCACCUUUAACACUUGGCAUGUUCAAACAGAAAACUGUCUGGUUAAAGUACUGCGGAUGGUUGUGGGUAGGUUGCCCCCGUCAUACCUUUGUUAACUCCCUCCUGGAAGAAACAAGACAUCAGUCGGUUGAAUGUCUCGUAGCCGACUGCCGUUCGAGCCACAACGCCACAAUUGUCUGGGACUCAGCAUACGCGCAAAUGCAGUAGGUGGGCUAAAUCAUGAAAUGUCCAACGAAAUGCUGAAAUGCGUUUUCGUCUCAAAAAGAUUAAUUAAGUAGGGUUGUAAAACUAGUCAGCCUGCAACAUAAUUCUAUAGCAUUCCAGUUACCUCAUGAUGUUGGCUUUCGAAUGAACUUCCUGCCGACUGCAUGCAUAAACUACGCCCGGUAAAAAAUCACUGCAUAUGUAGCAUACAUUUUUCUCAUUGAUUUUUUUGCAUAAAAAUAUUCACUCUUUUGCACAUUCCAUAGAUAAUUACAUCUCAUUUUGAUGUCAUACUCGAAGGAAGGACAUAAUUCAGAUUUAAAAAAGAUUUAAUUGUGGGACUUUUAACUACCGUGAAAUGGCCGUUUAUAAAUCGUCCUGUCUCUGCAUUUACCAAUGUGGCUCGUAAAGUUAACAAUAUAGCUCAAAUCCACUGCUAAAUUUUAUGAAGCCCAUAUGGUCCCCCUUUAUUACCGUAGAGAAAUGCGUGGUUUCCGUACGCAAAAAAUAUACGGCUAGUAGUUUGGAAACCCUGAAUCCAAAUGUAACGGUACAGCGGGUUCAAAAUUAUUCGGGAAUUGGUAAAGUUUUUGAAAAGCGAAUUAUACCCUUCCUUGGAGUAUGAGAUUGGAGGAAGACGUAAUUUUCUACCGAAUAAGCAAAAUAAUGAAUAUGUUUAUGCAUGUCUUCCAUGAAAUGAAUUUGGACAUUUAGAGGCAUCGAAAAUCAAUGAGAAAAAGUCAUGAUUCUUAGUAGUCAUUUUUUACAUAGUGUAGUUUUUGUAUGCAGCCGGAAGGAAGUGCGUUCGAAAGCCGGCAUCUUGAGGUAACUAAAGUAUUAUGGAAUUAUGUUGCAGGCUGACUAGUUUUACAACUCCACUUAAUUAAUCUUUCCGAAACGAAAACGCAUUUCUGAAUUUCGGUUCACAUUUCAUGAGUAAGCUCACCUACUGUGCAUCCGCCUACACAACUCAAGGCCGGUGUCCUUCCAGUUUCCUAAGCUGAUUUGAACCACAAACGUGCUGCUGCAAGGAGCAAAAUGCGCGAGUCUGGAUGCAAUUAAGCGCAGUUUUGCUUGGAGAACAAUGAUUCUCUGUUUAAAGUGGUGUUUACUUCACGCGCUUCCUUAACAAACGAACUUUCAUAAUUAACCUAAUUAAGUACAACUUUCAACUAAAAUGCCCCCUUUCUAAUUGUAUCAUUUUCGAGAGAAGCGAUUAACUAUCUACUUCACUCUUUGCAUAAACAUCUUACUUACAAGGUUGCGUAGACGUGAAGCAAAACACGCAGCAGUUAAAUAGCUAACCAGGUGAAGUAUUGUGUGUUAUACUCAAGUUAAGGCGCAUACCACGUGCGUGUCACAUUUAUCGGGUCUUCUGUGCUUAAAAGGUUUACCUUACAGAGGCCCAGACAUCGGAGUCUUUGCCGUUCGAGUCGGGAGAUAGAAAACAUUGACUAAUUUUCGUGGCUAGAAGGUGCGUGGCAUGUAGCUCUUCUCGGACUACUGAGAUCCCCUUAUCUGUAGCUUGAUCUCUAUUUACUGAAGGCACAGACGAUUACAAUUUCGAGUCUGACUCGAACCGCUCUCCUUUCCUGAGCAAACUACCAUUUUAAGUGAUAUUCUGCGACUUGGAGGUGCCCCUGGUUUACUCUGUUUUGUUGCCCUUUCAGGAGCAUAUGGGGCAUAGCAACUGUCAGUAUUGCCUACGCCCCUCUCCUAUUUUUUCUGCGCAAUCCGCGAACACGCGGAGAAACUCGGGUAAGUUCAGCAGGUCCGGCCACUUUUUGCGUACUGCAGUCCACGAAAUUCAGCAUCAGAAUUAACUGCAAAUCAAAGGGAAAUUAUUUGUUGGGUGAACACGUGACGACACUAUUCCAAAUACAACUAGGGUUACCUGCUUUUUGGGAUAGAUGCAUUCAUUUGGAACUGAAAACGUACAGCCAAGAGAUUCAAAUGUGCUUUCUUCUGUGCCAGACAGAAUUGAGGUUUUUGUUGGGACUUAUUUUUCAUGACCGAUUACAUGAAAAAGCCACGGUAUAUAGUUUCAUGCAAUAAGCUAUAAUACCAAACAUGCUUAUGCUUUCUGAAAUGCUGGAUAUUCAUGGAAGUACUUGAAUCAGUCUAUUUCAUUUUGUCAAGCUAUCCUAAAUGUAAAUCAAAAUUUCUACAAAAUCGUUGUCUGCUUUGAAAAUAAAUUCAGAUUUGCCAAGCCUAUGCUCAUAAGCGAAAAAGUUCCAAAGUAUUCCGAUGGUACAUUUUUUCCUAGAGGAUAUGAGGUCUAGAUGAGCUAAGGAUGUUUUAUGUCGGACACAUACCGCACCUUAAGCUCUUUACGCAUUCCUGCCGACACCAGCCCCAACUGGCACCCUCUGGCCCCUGGACUGUGAAGGACAAUGAGGGGCAGUGUGGGGCUGGGCGGCGGGCGACGCCGUAUAUUUCGCGUUUCUGUCGCCCUUUUCGGUGUUAAUUUUUUCGCCGAAUGCGUUCUCCAUAAACUGCAUAGAACUGUGUCACGCUGAAUUGUGACGUCCCAAAACCCCCUACAACCAGGCCAUGCGCCAUAUGAGAUGAAUGAUGAUGAAUAGUACAUCAAGCGACCCCAUUGCCAAUUAUGCUGAAUAAAGUGGUCUAGAGCUGUAGAUGCGAAAGCAGGAGAACUGAAUGGCAGCCCAGCUGCUAAACCCUCAAUUUCAGCAGGAAAUUUAUGCCGGGCAAAUCCAGCACAGAUCGAACCUAAAGUAUCAGAGGUUGACUAGAUGAUGCAACAUUAAAAAACGUCCGGCGCGACACCCACUCCUUCAUGACAUGACUCAAGGGCCAAAAUCAUUCCGAAAUUAAUAUUAAAAUAUGCAAAUAGUCGCAAGACGAAGAUUGUUCUGUCAUGGUACAUCACGUCAACAACUUCCGCUAUCCGUUACUUGUCUCUGUAGUAAGAGAAACUCACUGGUCAGAAAAACAUAGUGCAGUUAUUAUGGGAACAAAUUGUGAUCAAAACACGUAAUGUUUACUGAAAUCCCAAAUUGUCUUUAAGGGAAAGUCCUGUCUCAUACAGCUCUGGUAUGUUUACGAUUGCACCAGACAAUCCUAUUCAGAGUUAUUAGUCAGUGGUAAAUCAGCAUGUGACUCUGCGAAAACCUCUAAUCUUUUGACGUCUUUAUCGGAAAAAUCGAAUGAAUUACUUAGUUCUUCGGCCAACUGCGUCUCAAAUGAAGCAAAAACGGGAAAAUUGAAGUAAAUUUGUGUGAAAGCGUUUCUGAAUCUAAACCCUAGCUGUAGGUUGCUGACUAACCUCCAAUACUUUGCAUUACGCUAAUUCCCGUAGGAUAUUUAGGCGCAAACUUCACUUAAGGGCUAGUCUCGAACGUCAUUCGACCCGUGCUGCUUUCUUUAUAUAGUCGUUUUCACGGACAGGUCCUCUGAAAAUUCAGAACUUAAGUUUGCUUAAUCACAACGGUCUUGGCGUUUUCAGAAUUUCCCAUAUAAUGAAAAAUUGUCAUUUCUAAAGGAAAUGGUAUUACUUUAAAUGUUUUAUUUUACAAUCCGCCUAAAUUCGUUCGUCAUAUAUCCAAUGUGCCCGUCCAUUCGUUUAUGCCGGUUAUUAAGUAAUUGGCAAUGAUUCGUGAAUCUCGGGGCAUUUGGCAAUGUACCCGAUUCACUGCAUACAGUUUUAUGAAUUCGGUAAAAACCGCGUCUCAUAUUCAGGGGUAAAAGUAAAGAUCUUGCAAGAUAAGUGCGAUCGUUUUAUUUGAUUGCAUCAUCAUACAGCCCGAAAGGACCCUUUAGUUAAGCUAAUCCUCCAGGACAGUUCUCAUUUCUCCAACGUGGGAACUAUCGCCACAAAAGUGAGUAUAUACAGCGUCUGCACAGCUGGCGCGAGCGCAUUUGGCACGUAAGGAAGGCAUAGAAUUUACUGAGGUAUUUGUUAUUAAACAGAAACUGCAACGGACAUGCACUUUGUACGUUAUUCUCACUGACGACUUAUAUAAAUGAGGCAAAUAAAAUUCUUCGACUAUAAAUUAGAUUCACAUUUGAGGAUAUCAAUAAGAUUAUUGCAAGCCAUGUUUCAAGUAAAGAUGCUUUGGAGCGAAAUGCUAAUUAUCUUGGCCACUUGUCAAAUCUUUAACCCGUUUUUCUUGACAUAAGUGCUAACCAAUCGCGUUUUACCAGACUGACACCCGCAAACGCUUGUUUUACAGCCGCUGAACGAUAGACCAGCUGAAAGGCUAGAUGACAAUGACUUGAAAUCCCGUGAGGCGGGCAGCGACCUUCGGAUCAACGGCUGUGUAGACUGA